UGAUAAAUCCAGUAAAUACAGAAGAGAGAGAAAGAGAAAAAAUGGAGUUUAAACAUUUCAGCCAUGUUCAUGGCUUGACUAUUUAUCAUAUGGCUGAAGGAUCGGAAACCGUCUGCUCAGGCUGCAAUCUAGGUGGAUUAACAACCGUAUAUAUGUGUUGGCAAUGUCAAUUCUUCCUCCAUGAACAAUGCUUCAAGGCAAAACGAUCCAUUUCUCAUCAUCCUUCUCAUCCAUCUCAUCCUCUCUCUUUCUUCCCUUCUCCAACUCACCCUUCCGCUUCCUUUCUCUGUAAUUCCUGCCAUCAUUCCGGCACCGGAUUCUCUUACGCCUGCGCCGAUUGCGACUUCGAUCUUCAUGUUCACUGCGCUUAUAAUACCCUUUCAAUUACUUCUGAUCAUCAUCUGUAUCGUCAGCAGUCUCUAAAUCACCCAUUCCCAGGAAUUCAAUUCGAAAACCCUAAUUAUAACAAUACCCAGUUCACAUAUCCUCCUCCGAUUUCGGAUCCAUACCCCCCGCAGCCCGUAGAUUCUUAUCCUCCCCAUGUUUUGAAUAAUAAUCCACCGUUUUUAGAUUCUUAUCCGCCAUUAGUUCUAGAUUCUUACCCCCAUGUUUCUGUUCGACCAUAUGCAUCUGAGAAUAAUCCACCAGUUCAAGAUUACUACCCUCAAGUUUCUCACCCACAACCUGUUCGACCAUAUGCGUCUGAGAAUAAUCAUAAUCCACAAGUUCAAGAUGCAUACCCUCAAGUCUCUCACCCGCCACCUGUUCGACAAUAUGCGUCUGAGAAUAAUAAUCCACCGAUUGCAUCAUACCCACAAACCCCAUCCAAUAUUCCGGCGAGUUCUGCAUCUUCAACGCCAAUUCAAGUUUCUCACCCGCCACCUGUUCGACAAUAUGCAUCUGAGAAUAAUAAUCAACCAAUUGCAUCAUACCCACAAACCCCAUCCAAAUUUCCGGCGAGUUCUGCAUCUUCAACACCACCAGUUCAAGAUUCCUACCCUCAAGUUUCUCACCCGCCACCUGUUCGACAAUAUGUGUCUGAGAAUAGUAAUCCACCAAUUGCAUCAUACCCACAAACCCCAUCCAAUAUUCCGGCGAGUUCUGCAUCUUCAACCCCAAUUCCGGCCAAUUACCAGCCAAAACCAGUUUCAUCAUCAUCAACUGAUCAAAACCAAGCUCAAAAAACCCACGUAGCAAAACACUUCAGCCAUCAGCACGCAUUACGCCAACUCAAAAUCCACGAAGAAGAAGGCCUCCUCUGUUCCGGCUGCGAACAAGCACUCUCAGGCGAAGCCUACACAUGUACAAAAACAAAACUCUGCGAAUUCAAACUCCACAAAUCAUGUUUCGAUCUUCCAAAAGAAACCCAACAUAAAUCUCACAAAGCCCAUCCACUAACACUCCUAUCCACACCACCUUCCAAAAGCUUCUACAUCCCAGAAUUCACCUGCAAUGCUUGUUUAAAAACAGGCAAUUCAUUUCUCUACCAUUGCUCAACCUGUAACUUUAACCUCCACGUAAACUGCGCUUUCUUGGCUGAAUCCGUGAAACGAACAGAUCAUCAACACCCGUUGUCUUUACACUAUUCUUCUCCUUACAAGAAAUCGAAUGACUGUGAAGAUGAUGUGGUGUUCAUGUGUAACGUUUGUGAGGAUUCUGUUGAUCCUAAGUGUUGGGUUUAUUACUGUAAAGAAUGCGACUUUGGGACGGAAUUGGGUUGUGUAAAUGAUGAAGUGGAGAAAGGAGGAGGAGAGGAAGGGAAGGGAGAAGAAAGUGAUGAAGUUACAUUGGCAGAGAAGAUGAUUGAGAUGCAGAAUUCAUAUCAGAGGAUGCAAAUUCAGAUGCAGUUGAGCCAACAGAAUGCGCAGUUCGUUAGCCAUAUUGCUCAAAGCUUCUCUAAUUUGGCUGGAUAAUUAGUAAUCAACUGUUUUGUUACUUUCUUACUUUAUCACAUUAUUGCAUUAAUGUUAAGUGAUUCUCUAAAUUUUAAUUUCUCAAAAUAAAUGAAAGUAUUUUCUCAAGUUUUCAUCUUAAAAUUGUAUAAUUUAGUAAUAUAAAAAGUUUGUUUAUGUA